AUGGAAAAGAUUAAAGCAUAUUGUCUACCAGCAGCAUUGAAAGACAUUAAUGUAAAAGACAAUCAACGACCAUUUGAGUAUGGUGCUUUUUGUAAUGUAUUCAAAGUGCAGAAUUAUGCCAUCAAAUGUCCUCGUGUUCCGGCUUUAGUUGAUUCUGACAUAGAAGGUGCUAUCAUUCAUGAAAUAUUUCUGUCUAGACCAUUAAGUCAUAUACCCAAUAUUUUAAUAGUAUACGGAGGUAUUCAAUUACCAGAUUUUGGUAUUUCUAUUGUAAUGGAAUUUAUUGACGGCCCAAGUCUUGCUACAGCAUUGAUUAAUGACACAAUUCUGAAUUUAACAUUCGAGAAACGUUUAGACAUUGCACUUGGAAUUUGUAAAGGACUUGGAGAAUUGCAUUUGACUGGUAUUGUUCAUAGAGAUUUUAAGCCAGCAAAUGUUCUUCUUCAACCAGAUUCUACUGGACACGGUUACAUACCAAAAAUAGCUGAUUUCGGAGUGAGUUUUCUUAUUCAAACAGCAUCGGCUACAGCUGUUAAAAGGUCAGGUGGUACUGUUGGUUAUGAUGCGCCGGAAGUGGCUGAUGGAGAUACACCAUCAUUUCAAUCCGACAUUUAUGCCCUUUCAUUUACACUUUACGAACUAUUGACAGUUCAACGUCCAUUUAUCGGUCUAAAAGAUACGCAAAUAAUAACAAAAUUUACAAUAAAAGGAGAACGUCCCAAAGAUUGGACUGUGAAAGCUGCUCAUUCAACAGUUACAGUAAUACCAGAUAUGUUGAGAAAUACUAUUCAAAAAGGUUGGUUACCGGAACCUAAAAAUCGCGCGACUAUCGGUAAACGCUCGAAAAUUACAGAUGAAAGUGCUAAUGACAUGGAUAAAAUUAUUUGA